CGAGUUAAAACUAAAUAUUUAACAAAAACAAGAUUCUUGUGUUAUCUGUGUGUAUGAAAGUAUACUUUUUUAUUUCUUCUUAUUUUUCUGCGUUGCUUGAGGGAAAAUUUCGUCUGAGGAUGGCAAACCCGACGCGACGCACCGGCAGUCGCACCCGGCCGCCCGCCGCGCCGCCCGCCCUAGUCGCGCCGCCCGCCCUAGCUGCGCCGCCCGCCCUAGCUGCGCCGCCCGCCGCCGCGCCGUCACCGCCGCCGCCGCCGCCGCUGUCGCCACCAUGCCGCCCGUCCUGGACCGGGAGCGCCGGAUGAUGAUGCUGAAGAGGAUUGAAAAGUUGGUGAACAGAAGCACCAACAGAGCGAUCAAAACGGGGCGAUUGAUGACUGCAAACCAGUUUAAAGUGGAGGCGAUGAUGUCGAACCUGGAGCGUCUCAUCAAGCAGCACAUGGCGGAGGCGCACCUCGAGUUCGAGCUGCUGCUGCAGCGGCAGGAGCGCCGCAUGCGCGCCGGCGGGGGCGGGGGUGGGGGCGCGGGCGCGGGCGCGGGCGGGGGCGCCGGGCGCGGGGGGGGCUCGCCCUUCGACGCGCAGGGCCGCCUGGUGGGGCUGCGCCUGCAGGAGAUGAUCUUCACGCGCAUGGGGCAGGGCAUCCCGCUGCUGCCGGGCAUGCCGGCGGGCGGCGCGGGGGGUGCGGGGGCCGCGGAGGGCGCGGAGGGCGCGGGGGGGCCGGGGGGCGUGGGGCUGCGUGACUCCAUGUUCAGCACCAUGCAGCGCGGCCUGCAGCAGGUGCCGUUCAGCCGCGGGCCGCCGGUCCGGCGCGGGCCGCUCACCCCCCGCGCGCCGCCCGCACGCCGCGCGCCGCCCGCCCCGCGCUCCUCGCCUGCCGCGGCCCCGCGCGCGCCCGCCGAGUCGCCGCCGCCGACGCCCUCGGGCUCCGGGCUGCGCGGGCCGCCCGCCACCGCCGCCGCCGCCGCCGCCGACUCCGACGAUCUGAUGACCGACGACAGCGAUUAGACCUGCAGUCGCCAGCAGCCUGCAGUGAGCCGCCGGCUGCAGCGACCCGCGGCCUGCCGUCGGCGCCCGGACUUCCUUCUUGGACCUUAUGUAACUGACGCGUAUUGCGGCAUUUAAUGUGUUGAAUAUUUCAUUGUAUCCCUAGAUGUUCAUAUGUAGGUAGUAAUUCAACAGGUCUUGUCUCUGCAAUAGUACCUAACUAUAUUUCCUUAUUCUUUUAUAUGCGAAUUUAACAAAGUCUGCAAUGCGAAUUAACAAUGCUACAUUAUUUUAUUAUAGGUAUGUAUAAAUAUACAGUAAAUUUCAUCAGCUAACUAAUUAAAUAGCUGUUUGUGUUCCUGUUAAUUCAAAUAAACUUAAGGUAAAACCUUACUUUCACAAUAUUCGGUUGAGGUAAAUACUGGACUAAGUACCUACUUAAACGUUUUGAAAACGUAAAAAAUCAUUUUGUUUGGUCUGGGCUUUGUAUUUAGUUAUUAUUUCACAACAUGCUGUAAUAAGUCUUGGUCAUUAAUUUUAGAUAAAUUUCAAUUAUUAUUAUUCUCAUAAUUAUACAGGUAUAUUAUGUGUUACAAUUUACAGACCCAAAACUAAAGUUAUAAAAAUUAUAAUUAUAUUAUAAAAAUCUAUACUCUUUGAGCUAUUUAUAUUUUUAUAUGAAAUUUAACACUGUAUUAUACUGUAGGUGGGGCAUAACAAUUCUUUUGUUAAAAUAUAUUAUUGAAAAUAUCUUUAUAUUUUAGUUAGGUAUGCACUAUGCAUAAAAUAUACAAGAUGGAGAGGAAGUUGGACUCCCCUCCGCGAGGCUCCAUUUGUAUUCUAAAAUAAACUUUACACCGAGCGUGUGUCUUCUGAGGAAAGAAACACUCAACAUUAUUAUAAUAAUUCAUUUUGUUCCAAUAGAAAACUUGUAAGUAUACAUAGUAUUAUAGGUACUUAUAUAUUAUUUCAUAUGUUAUACAGCGCAGGCGCAGCCGCUGUUCACUGUUUGCAUUGGGAAAUGUAACCUUCAGAUUCUAGUUAGGUCUUUAAAGCUUUAACUUGUAUGAUGAUCACUCCAUUUGUAUUGUGACUUUUUUUAUGUAUAAACAUUUUUUUUUGUUUAAGUGUUUGGCUGCGCUCAUGAAAAUGAAAAUGACUGGAAUUUAUAUAUAUUAAACAUACGAGUAUAAGAAUUAUUACAAUUAUAUUUUUUUUCUUUGCGAAUACCUACCCUAUACCUACUAAAGGUACAAGGUGUUGCGUGUCUCUGGAGUAAUUACUUUGUAUAUUUUAUUACUUUAUUAACCGCUACAGUGUAUAAUUAACCAAUGUAAACUUAAAUUAAAUGUUACUGACUAAACUGAACUUAUGCUAUUACCUUUCAUAAAACCAAUACGAAAUAAAUACCUACAUGUUUAUUGCGGUGUUGCAGUUCUAUGUCAGAUUUAGACUUAGUAAUGAAAUAAAUCCACGGUAGAAAACAUGA